AUGAAUCCAGCGCAUAGAGACGGCUGGCCGCCCAGAGAAGACCACACUCCGCUCCAUCGCACUUUCGCGUACGUCGCUAUACGUCAAGACGAGGCUGUCACGGGUACUGACGACGUUUCACAGCNNGCGAAUCCACCGCCUGCCCAUCCUGGUGCAGCUCCUUCUCCGCGCACAGGUGCUCUGCCCNCUCCAUCAGGUACAGCCGGUCCCGAGUCACUAAUUCACCAUCUGCUUACAACUGGAACAGGCCCAUUCGCCCCUUUCCAACAGGCUCCUCACAAUAUCCUGAACCCACCUUCGCCUCGUCAUCAGGCGCAAGCAGCCUUCCCUCUCGGCCGCGAGAUGCCCGAUCAUCGGGACAACAUCCACAUCAAAGAAGAGCAGGACGCUGUGCGCCGCGAUCAACAGCGCGAACGACAACAUAUGGAGCAACUCCCUCCUCAUCAAGCCCAGAGAGGGCCGAUACAUUUGCACCAGCCUGUCGCUGUGCCACCUAACGCUGUCCACGGCCCCAAUGGCCUGCUGGCCAACGCUGCUGGCGGACAUGGCCAGAUUCCGAACGCUGUCUUCAGUGGUGGUCCCGUACAGCCUGCCACACAGUCCCAGGCCAUGCUUGUUCCCAUGCAACCUGGCAGUGCUCAACCCGCAAACGUCGGCCAAGGGCAGCAGCCCAUUUUGAACGAUGCGCUGAGCUAUCUCGACCAAGUCAAGGUGCAAUUUGUCGACCAUCCAGAUGUUUAUAACAGAUUCUUGGAUAUCAUGAAGGACUUCAAGAGCGGGGCUAUUGAUACACCCGGUGUCAUCGAACGUGUCUCGACCCUCUUCGCCGGCAACCCCGAGCUUAUCCAGGGCUUCAACACUUUCCUGCCUCCGGGUUAUAGAAUCGAGUGCGGCACCGGCGACGAUCCGAACGCCAUCCGAGUAACGACUCCCAUGGGAACAACUGUCCAAGCCAUGCCAGCACCGCGACCCAUUUCGCCUCGCACAGCUGCUCCGGCACAAGACGGAAACAACCAGGAAGGUCCUCUCUUUGCUGCUGUUAACAGACAGGCCAAUGGCAACUGGACGCCUCAAGCAGCAGGUCACUCUCACAUUAUUCACAGUCCCAGUGGCCGUCCAGUUGGUACCGCCCCUUUCACCUCCCAGAUGGGUCCCCAGCAAGCCGCUGCUAUUGCAGAGGCUCAAGCUCGUGAGCAGCAGGCUUUGAGUCUUCAACAGGAACAGCGUGUCUCGCAGUUGCAAAACGCCGUCUCUGCCGCAGCUGGUGACAACCUCGCUAGAGCUGGAAUGAUGUCUCCAAGUGGCGGCGCUGCUGCUCUUGCUCAGGGUGAGAUGGUCAUCGGCCCUGAUGGACAGCCUCUAGGCCACGAGAAGGUGAGGCCGCAAGUCGAGUUCAAUCAUGCCAUCAGUUAUGUCAACAAGAUCAAGAACCGCUUCCAGCAACAGCCCGACAUCUACAAACAGUUCCUGGAGAUUCUGCAGACCUACCAACGCGAGUCAAAGCCCAUUCAGGACGUCUAUGCCCAGGUGACACGACUUUUCAACUCAGCCCCAGAUCUUCUAGAAGACUUCAAGCAGUUUCUUCCAGAAUCCGCUGCUCACGCGAAAGCAGCAGCAGCAGCUAGAGCCCAACAACAAGAAGAGUCAGUCAUGCUUAGCAACGUGCGUGGUGAUCCUUUCUACCAGGCUCCACAACCCCACCAGACUCCUAGAGCCGAACACCGUCUUCCUCCAGUCGGCAACUUUGCUCCCACUCCAACUGUCAACAAGGACAACAAGAGAAAGCGCGGCGAUAGACAAGGAACCGUUACCAACGCAGGUCCGGAGACGAACGGCCUCGCAAAAGCUCCAGCUUAUGGCCCGAUGGCCAACAUCAACAAACGCGCUAAGCAGGCCCAUGCUGGUAGACAAGCCAUGCCAUCUGACAUCCCUCCUACUUCGCCAACCUUGGUUCCCGCACUUCCCGAGCCUUUGCCACCAACUCAAAGCACUCUUGCGACGGCCGAUGAAAUGAGCUUCUUCGAUCGCGCCAAGAAGGCCAUUGGAAACAAAGCUGCCAUGAACGAGUUCUUGAAGCUCUGCAACCUUUUCUCUCAGGACCUGAUCGACAAAGUCACCCUGGUCCACAAGGCUCGUGGCUUCAUCGGUAGCAACCCCGAUCUCUUCCAAUGGUUCCAAAUGUGGGUUGGUUAUAAUAACGAUGACAUUACUAUCGAGAACAAGCCCAGAGCUCCUCAGAGUAGAAUUUCCCUGAGCAACUGCAGAGGACUUGGACCAAGUUACAGGCUACUUCCUAAGCGUGAACGACUGAAGCCGUGCCGUGGACGUGACGAGCUCUGCAAUGAAGUGCUCAACGACGACUGGGCCUCGCAUCCAACAUGGGCAUCCGAGGAUUCUGGUUUCAUUGCCCACAGGAAGAACGUCCACGAAGAAGGACUCCACAAGAUCGAAGAGGAACGCCAUGACUACGACUUUAACAUUGAAGCUUGUUCGCGCACAAUUCAGCUUCUUGAGCCCAUCGCCCAGCAGAUUCUCCGCAUGAACAACCGCGAAAAGGAGGCCCUCGAGAUUCCACCCGGACUUGGCGGACAGAGCGAGACAAUUCACAAGCGUAUUAUCAUGAAGCUUUAUGGACGCGAAAAGGGACAUAUGGUUGUUCAGUCGCUUCACGCACAGCCUUACAAAGUCAUCCCUGUGCUACUCAAUAGACUGAAGCAAAAGCUCGAGGAGUGGAAGCAGGCACAGCGCGAGUGGGAGAAGGUCUGGCGUGAUCAGACACAGAAGAUGUUCUGGAAGAGUCUGGACCACCAGGCUGUUAAUGCCAAACAGGCCGACAAGCGUCAAUUCCAGACCAAGACGCUCUUGGGCGAGGUCCACACCAGAUACGAAGAGACAAAGAGGCAACGCCUGGCUGGACAGAAUCCACGCAACCAGCCUCAGAUGACCUUCAAGUUUGAGGACACGAGUGUCAUCAUCGACGCAUCGCAUCUGGUUCUUCUGUAUGCCGAGCAGAUGCAUUCUACCGAGUUCCCCAGAUUGACCUCUUUCAUCCGAGAGUUCAUCCCUCUUUUCUUCGGUCUUGACUAUGAAUGGUUCGGCAACCAGAUCAGAGCCAAGUUUGGUGACACUCCUCAUAUGGACGUCGGUGAAGAUACAAUCUCGGCUUUCGACGACCCCAUCAACGCAAAGCCUCGUAAGCCAACAACCAAGAAGGGCGAUCUUCUGCGUGGCGUUCUCGAGCGUGGUCGCAAGAACCGAAAAGAUGACGGCAGCAACACACCGUUGAGCCGAGCAUCUACUCCCGACAACGCAUCCAACGUAGACGAAGAGAUGAGCGAUAGUGUCAAUGUGGUCGACGACCUCAAGUCUGAUAUUGCCUUGGACACCUGGGCCUCGCAUCCUUUGGCGGGUAAUGUUCACAAGGACAAGGAGUUAUAUCUUAACCAGAUGUACUCCCGCACCAAGUUCAUGCUCUACGGCAACGCAACCAUCUACUGCUUCAUCCGCGUCUUCAUAUUCUUGUACGAGCGCUUGAACAACAUCAAGCAGGCCGAGGCCGAUGCUCACACGACAGUCGAUCGUGCGAUGGCCCCCAAGCCUGCUACCGAGCUCGGCAUCAUAGACAAGCUCCCUACAGACUUCUUUACUGAUGUCAGCGAGGGUUCCAACUUCUAUCGUCAAAUCCUCGGCAUGUUCGAAGACUUGAUCAAGGGAGACAUGGAUAUGGCACACAUUGAAGAGACAUUACGGAGAUACUAUCUGCAAUGUGGAUGGCAGCUCUAUUCCUUCGACAAGCUCCUCGGCGCCUUGGUACGUUUCGCCAUCGGCAUGCUCGGCAGUGAAAGCGGCAAGGACAAGAGCUGGGACAUUCUCCAGCUGUUCCGCAAGGAUAGAGCCAAGGAUGAGACAUCUUUCCAGGAUGAGAUGAACUACCGGAAGCAGACGGAGAAGUACACCAAAGACCUUGACAUCUACGGCAUUGCCUAUGACCAAGCAACAUCUGAGGUGCAGAUCAGGCUGUACAAAAAGGACGAUCCUACCUUCGACACAACCUCGAUGCUGCAAGAGGACCUCUGGCGCGUCUAUGUUACCAACCUCCUCAAGCUCGCGCCGACGCCUGAUGUUCCGGCAACCAGACGCCGGCCAGUGAUGCACAGAAAUCUGCGCCAACUCAAUGUAGACCCCAGCACGAUCAACAGCGAGGAGCGUUCGGACGACUACCGCAGACUUUGCGACUCAGCCAUCUCGUCAGAAGGCCUUGAGUUCCGUGUCGCAGUCGAGUUCUACCGCAUGUACUUUGUCAAGAACACAGAGGAGUACGCAUACCAACCCGCAGCGAUUCGAAGUGGCGGCAAGGAGGGCGUCGAGGAGGCAGAUUCGACAGCCCGCUACCGAAGCGAUCGUAGCCAGGAUACUUUCGUCAUUAACAAUGCGGCUAUGAAGGGGCUCAGCAAGGAAGAUGUCGAAGGCAAGAACUCUGGAUUCGGCACUCUGGUCAGAGAAGGUGGUGUCACAGUGUCAUCAGGGUCGGCUGACGAAGACGAGGAGAUGGAUGAUUAG